GCAGAGCUGCAGUCAAGACCUGUUAGUCUCUAAAAGAAGACUCACCGGAAAUCAUCAGGUUUCUCUCAGCAACAGUGAAACCUGGUUGCAGCAGGAUGAUUAUGUUACGUACAUGACAGAACACCGCGACUACGACAUGGACACGGCGGACUCUGAAAGAGCGAGAGAUGUCUUUCGCCUCCUGAGGCUGUGGCAGCGCAUUUCCCAUGCCUCGGAUAAACGGACUUUAUCUAUUGGAAUUAAUGCCAUUGAGGCAAUUUUUCUGGAUAACCCUCACCUGCGCCAGCUACCCAUAGCUUCGGAGUUUGCCCAUAAUCUGGCCCAAGCAAAAGAGGCACUCCAAGGCACGGAGCUGGCCCAACCCAUCACGUCACCCUCAACCACGUCCCAGCAAAAGGAUUUCUCCACACUGUCGCAGCAGAUGAAUUCUUCCAUGUCGCUGCAGCAGGGGGCAGUUGUUUCCUUGCCGCGGAAUCUCUUCCCCUCCACAUCCCGAUCUGACCCGCAUUCGCCUGCCUCCUUCCCGGCUGCAAUGUGGUCAGAGGAUAAAGAGCAGGUCACCAGUUCUCCAUCAUCACCGACCUCCUCUGUUAUCUCUGCUCCCUCUUCCAGGAGAAAGCGGCGUCCACGCCACCGGCGCACAUCACCACGGCUGGAACCCAGUACUUCCUUUGAGAAACCAGUCGUGGUGAGUAAAAAAGACCUUUUUUGUGCUCCGUCCGAGCUGGGAAAGAAAAAGACUAUUCAUUCUGAGGCCAUCUAUUCCAGUUCUGUGGACUUUAAAGACUGUUUGCCUUGUGCUCCUUCCAAGCACGGAUUAACAAUAACUGCUCUACCUUUUUCUGUUUCGGACAUUGAGACAAAACUCAAGGACUCUAAGCUCUCAGUUUGUGAAUCUAGACUGACCCCCAACAAAAUUAAACUGUGUGUUUCCCAGACCUCUGAAGCUACGUUUUGUGUUCCUCAGCUGACUCAUUCCAAGACUUUGCAUGAUGUUGUUUCUGUUUGUGCAACUCGAUCUGUUCAUUUGGAGACUGAUACACUUUCUGAAAGGACUGUUAAUAUGGACAAUAUACAAACUGUCUUCUCCGUUCCUGAGUCUGGUAGGGAUAAUUGUUUUGUUGCUGAGUUUACCUUGGGUUAUGGGAGUUCUGUUUCAGGCCUGGAUUGUGUUAUGCCCCACCCAGCUAGUAAUUCCAGGGCAGACUCUGAGUUUUGUGAGCUAACUUCAAAGACCCUACCAUCUGUGUGUGCCAAGACUGUUUUUGACGAUGCUAAACAUUUCCGCUCAGAGACUAAAACUCUUCCCGAGGCCUACCCAGAGGCUGGGCCUGUGACCUCAGCUGCCUCUGGACCAUCUGAGGUUUUGGAACCAAUGCAGCCUGUUCACCCAUCAUCUGUCUCCGCUGGGAGCUCAGGAGAGUCAUCCCAGCCACCUGCCUCUCCUGGGAACUCAGCAGAGCCAUCCCAGCCACCUGUCUCUGCUGGGAGCUCAGACGAGCUUAUCCAGCCAGCUACGGACUCCAUUUUGCUGUCUGUGCCUGAAAAGUGCCCUAAGCACACUCUGUGCACUGCGCAGCCCCAGCCGCUGCAACCUGAGCUGGCUGUGUGCCCUGAGCAGCUCCAGCUAGCUUUGUCGCUACCAGAGGUCUCCACAUCAUCUGGUUCUGCUCCACCAGAGGUUUCCACACCGGCUGGCUCCGCUCCAGUUUCGGCUGGAGGCUCAGGAGAGCCCAUCCAGCAGUUCCUUGUGUCAACUGGGGGCUCUGGAGAGUCUGUCCAGCCUUUGCCAGUCUCUGCUGGGGGUUCAGGAGAGUCUGUCCAGGCUUUGUCUGUCCCUGCUGGGGGCUCAGGAGAGUCCGUCCAGCUGCCUGCUGCUUCCACACAGCCACCAGCUCAACCACCAGCUCAGCCACCUGCACCUUCCAUGCCAUCUUCUGGCCCAAACACAUCUCCACCAGAGGUUAUCACGCUGUCUGGUCCAGCUCCAUCUCCACCAGAGGUCGUUGGGCCGUCUGAUCCAGCAACGUCUCCGCCAGAGGUUGCCGCACCGUCUGGUCCUGCCUUGUCUGGUCCUGCCUUGUCUGGUCCUCCCUUGUCUGGUCCUGCCUCAUUUGGUCCUGCUCAGCCCAAGCCAUCUGGAUCUGCUUGACCUGGUCCUGCUUAGCCCAAGCCAGAGGUUAGCAAGCCAUCUGGACCUGCACGUCCUGCUCAGUCCACAUCCUACACAUCCACGUCCUGCACGGCCAGUACAUCCACAUCCUGCAUCAUCUGCACAUCCUGCAUGUGCCAAAGCAACCCAGCACCAAUCAUCUACCAAGGCAUGCCGUCACCAGCUACCUUCCAGGCCACCAGGGCAGCCUCCUAAAUUCAUUCGUCGCCACUGCUUCCCACGCUGACGGCCUCCAGAACUGUCUCGUUGUCACCACGUCUCCCAUGUGGUCUGCCUCCAGAAAUGUUUUGGUGCUCCUGCCUUCCACACAGUCGGCCCCCUGCACUGAGUCAGCGCUGCCACUUUUCACGUGGACAGCCUCCAGAACUGAUUCAGUGCUGCCGCUCUCCAUGCGGACGGCCUCCAGAACCAUUUUGGUGCUGCCACCAUCCACACAGUCGACCCCCUGUACUUCUGGCUCUUUGUUUUGGACUCUGUUUUCUUUUGUUCUGGAGGAAAACUGGUCUUCUUAGGAGAGACAGCAUCCAUCCCACUUUGUAUGGAGCAGCUCUCAUUUCCAGAAAUCUGGCCAAAUUUAUUAAACCCCCCAAAAACGUGACUAUCCAGAGUUGGAACCAGGAAGCAGAGUUGCAGUCUAACAUGCCUCUCUGCAGCUUCCUCCUCCUGUUAUCUGUUAUUAGACUCAAUUGGCUUCUCUCAAAAUGUUUUAUUUUAAACUUUUUGAUUCUAUUUGUAAAACGUUCAUAAAUGUCUAAUAAAAAACCCAACGCACAUCAAUUCAAGGCUGAACUGAAAACCUACCUGGGAACUUUGAAAGGUUUGACAAAUCUGUAAGCCAUCAAGACUCAAAGCCAUUUUAAUACCUUUAAAGAUUUACUUUGAAAUAUCUGACAUGUACCUCUCCUGAAUGUUUCAUUGUUUCUUUUUCUCUUUAUUUGAUUUUAUUGCUUUACAUUGUAAAUUUUAUCAACUACAUAAAUACUCAAUUUGUAUUUUAUGUCAAUAUUGAUCAUUCUAAAAAAUUACUGUUUGUACAUCACUUCCUACUCUUACAUCGUUUCUAUAGCUCUUUCAAAGUAAAAGCAAAGCAGAGUUUCUUGGUGUAAAAGGUUUAUUUUUGGACAAUUCUGACAUAAGACAUUCUGAAUAACCUGAUUUUAAAAAUGUCACAUUUUUAGGUUCUGAUUUGUUUUUCUGGGAACAAAACGUCCAUCACACAUUGUUCAAGAACCAUCAGAAAGUUGAAAAUCUGCCAAUGAUUUUUGUAAAGAGUACAACACUGACACUUGUUUCUUUCUUUUUAAAAAUGAAAUUGAAACUGAAUUUUAAAUAAAAAUCA